AUGAACUUUGAGCAGCUGGUUGGACGGACCAUCUCCGGCCCCUCCUCAGACUAUGAGGUGGAGGCUGUGGUGGGCCUCGGCGGACAAGCAGGCAUCCUCCGGUGCAACAAGAAGCUCACCAACGAGACGGUGGUUUUGAAGAUCACCAAUAAGAAGGACUUCAACAAGUUUGCAGAAGCAGAGGAGAAGAUCCUUGAAGUGAUUGCAGAAACGGGGAGAGAAAGCUUGAACACUGUGACAUGGAAUGACACUUUCAUGUUUCAAGGGCAUUCCUGUCUGGAGUUUGAGAAGCUCGAUAUCAGCCUCGAUCAGUACAUACAGGAAAAUCCACUGGGCCUGAAAGAGAUCCGCCCGAUCCUGUACCAGCUGGCCGACGCUCUCUUCUUCCUCGAGUCCUGCCAGAUUGUGCACGGAGACCUGAAGCCCGUCAAUAUCAUGAUGGCGGAUCGCUUACGUCGGCCAUUGAAAGUCAAGCUGAUUGACUUCGGUGUGGCAGUGAGCAACCCUGAAGACUGGAUGGGAGUGAUUCGCGGCACUCCUGCGUACAUGAGUCCUGAGAUGCUGCUGGGACUCCCCUUCGACCUGCCCUUCGACAUGUGGUCAUUAGGCUGCGUCGCUGCAGAAAUGCUGACGGGCGCUAAACUGUUCCCAGGCGGCACCGAACAUGACGUGAUAUCAGGCCUGUUAAAAGUCAUGGGGAUGCCUCCAGGCCACAUGAUGAGCCAGGGGUUCUAUACCGACAGGUAUUUUAAUGAAGAGAAAACAGCAGAGGGGCCCAGCGUCUGGACACUCAAGUCGGAGAGCUCGCCUUGCCACGACGGAAGUCUGAAGGAUCUGUUGGUGGUUUCUCCUGAUGCAUCCGAUGAUCUGGAGGCUCUGCAGAGUGACCGGGAGGCCUUUGUCGACUUGGUCACAAAAAUGCUCAGUAUUGAUCCAGCUCAGAGGAUCACGCCUGUACAGAUGCUGGAGCAUCCGUUCUUUUCUCUGAGCCACCUUGACCCCAGUCGCCAUCACAACUAUGUGAAACUGUCAGCUGAGCUCAUGCAGACCUGUGAUAACUGGAACUUGGAGGACGAAAUAGAUUUGCUUCCAUGCGCCACAGGCUUCAUCAGCACCUUCAGUGACCUCGACAGUCUGGACGAUGGGUCUUCCAGGGAGCUUCCGAUGCCCCCGCUGGCCUGA